GUGGCCUCGGACUGCAACAACAACAACAACAACAACAACGAUACCAACUCACCCAGGCGCUCUGCGUUCGCCUACUUUUCGACGAUUAAACUCAUGUCGGGCCUGGGAGGCUCGGUCAGCCUACUCCAGACAGAUAUACCCUAUGAUGGGGGUCUCAUUCAGGUCACUGACGGCUACUUCACCCUGCCCCAAAGCUUAUCCCAGACCAUCCUACAAAAACAACUGACGACGUUCCUGGAUCUCAUCAAUAAGUUCAACUUAACGGCUACUUGGGAAAAUACGCCCUUCGUGACCAUCUUCGUUCCCACAAACGAUGCCUUCAACUCAUCCAAACUGACCGGUAGCGAGCCUGGGUUCAAAGAGUUCCUGCUGAGCCACAUCGUCGUCGACAAAGAUAUGGUGGGCUACCUGCCCAACUUACACAACGGGCAGACCCUGGAGACGAAGAGUCAUUUGAGACAGAAGGUCGAGAUCCGGGGUUCCGAUUAUUUCAUUGGCGACCUUGGGGCCAAAAUCGUUCGCUCGCAGAUGAACAUAGGUCUAACCAAUGGGGUGGCGCAUGUGGUCGACAAGGUAUUGACCAUGCCCACGGCAACCGUAACUACUGCUGCCGCCUCGGACUUGAGUACAGCGGCUGGGGCUACCGUGGCCGUUAUCCUGGCUGCCCUGGCGGGUCUUCUUCUCUCAUCAAAUUUCUAAUGCAAGGCUUAUCGUGCGGUGAAGAGGACCACUUGAAUGUUUCUAUUCUUACGCAGAGUGUUAAUAGUAAUAUAGUUCAUUUUAUUCAUGUUCAGUGGCUACAGGCAGAGUGGGAAAUCAGCCAGGAAUGCAGCUA